CUGGGAAAAAAUUUCGAGUGCGCCAUUUUCUCGUCCGAACCAAGAUGGCGGCGGUCGCGAUGAGGUGCGCAAGGGGUCUGGCCUUUGGAGCCACAAAACUUCUUACUUCGACACAAACACCCACCUACUAUGGUGCCCAGACGUUCAGAAGGUUCAGCAGAACAGUCACGGCCUUCGAUUCAGUGAAGAAGUUUACUAAAGACCACGAGUGGAUAAGUAUGGAUGGAACCACUGGUACUAUUGGUAUCACCAACCAUGCACAGGAGAGCCUGGGUGAACUUGUGUAUGUGGACCUCCCAGAAGUAGGAAAAGAAGUGAGCAAAGGAGAGGAGUGUGGCACUGUGGAGAGUGUAAAAGCAGCUAGCGACCUGUUAGCCCCUGUUAGCGGAGUGUGCAUAGAAGUCAACAGCGCCUUGGAGGGAGCUCCUGAACUCAUCAAUAAGUCCCCCCACGAAGAAGGCUGGAUACUAAAGAUGAAGCUGAGCAAGCCAGAAGAGUUGGAGGAGUUGAUGGAUGAGGAGGCGUACCAGGCGUUUGUGAAGUCCGAGGAGCAGGAGUCUUAAGAGUCCUUCCUCCAGCAGUCAUCACGGUCUUCUGCUGUAAAGCCUGUCUAUCUAGGGGAGGGCAGGGUUGGACAAGUUUUCUAAAGUUCACUUGUCCUAUCGGGCAAGCACAUAAGAAAUUUACUUGCCCGAACAAAUGUUUCACUUGCCCAAAAUUCAAAUGUCACUGUUACUACUAAUACUGUAUGCAUUUUCACUUCCAGCAAUGGAAUUCUCUGUUGACCAUUGCUUGAUGUCAUGACAGUAAAAAGUAACAAGUAUAUCAAAAUUGUACUCUGACUCUGAGUCAAUAGAAAAAUCUUACUUGCCCGAUCGGGCAAGUAGGGUAGGCCCGAACAGCACUUUCACUUUGCACUUUCACUUGGACAAUAGGGCUAGUGGACUUGUCCAACCCUGGAGGGGGUGAAGGAAUAAAUGGUUAGGCUGCUACAGGGUAUCGCAGAAAAAAGGAUUUGUUGCCCGCAUAUUAGUCUCCUUAUAACAGGCUCUCUGGGCCUUUCUUUCUUAUUAUACACUUACAUAUCUGCCAGCCCGGCAGCACAAGCAACCUAGUACAAAAAGAAAUGACCAGCAAAAGCGUUUUAUGCCACAAACACACAAAAAGCCAAGAGAGCCUGCUAUGGAGGCUACCCAUUUAUAAAGUGUAUCAUUAUGAUAGCAAGUUUUUCAUAAUAUGCUUUCAAUUAAUCCUAGAUGACAUCAAUGUCUGUUAACAUUACCCCAAGACUAUUCCCCAGAAGAGACAGUUGCUAGAGUUGAGAGUUGAGUGCAGCCUUGAUUUGAAACCCAAAACAAACUGGGGCGCGCCCUUUAAACCGAUGAUUUUCUGUUGUGAAUGAUUGGAGAAAUGUGUUGGCAUUAUCAAUUGAAAGAAUAUUAUGUCUACUUGCUGAAAAACUUACUGUUAUAGUAAUGAUAUCUCUAUAAAGUCGGGCAUCCUUAUUUCUGUUAUACCCUGAGUAGUCGCGUAUUUUGGCUUCUUCCAAAGCUUGUCCCUCUACACAAACAAAGAUACCACAAGAACAUAUUAACAGGCCAAUGCUUUUUCGAAAAUAUUGAAAUGUAUCGCAGGCUAGAUUUGUAUCGUCCUGAAUAUAUUUACUGUCCAAUGGAAUGUUGAAGAUUCAUGCGUCAAUUUAGUCUGUCAUAAAAAGGUUCAAACUGUUUCUACUCCCUUACCCGAUCCUUUUGAAGGAAAGUCUUUGUUCAGCCCUCAAAGACCACAUUUUAUUUGUUUGGAUUUUGAAUAAAAAAGAACUGAUGGUCAAGAACAACACUCACGCUCUAAGUGGAGAGAGAGCAUUUGCCCCAGUACUUUGUUGGUCUUGUUAGAAUGCCUUUUCUGUAUUCCCCACCGACACACUUGCACUUGAAGGGGUAGAAAGCAUAAUAGGCCACCAACGAAUGGUACUUUUGGGAGCCUGUUGGGAGAAGUAAUGUGUUAUUAGGCAUUACUUCUAGUGUGCUACAGAUUGCUGAACACAAAGAUCGUUUUGUCGCUUUUGUCUGAAUGGCUACAUGUUUGAGUAGUAGCUAACAGCAAUAACCUCAUGCAAAAUGUAACCCAAGAUCAAGUUGGUGAUGGAAAUUUCAGCUUGUUUCGCUGGCAUUUGUUUGGCCGUAGUCUUCAGGCAGACCUUCCAGUGUCCUGUGUCUUGGCGGCAGUUAGAUUUUGCACUCAGAAGGUCUGCUUUGAGAGCAUCGGUCCAUACCAAUAUCUUUGCACACUGAUCAGUACGUAAUGGUACUACGGGAACUAUCAGAAAGUUGUGUUUGGGGCAUUAUGGUUAAUAUUGAAAAUCUUGAGGUUGAGGGAGUUAUUAAGUGUUUCAUUAUCGAUUUGAUAUUUGCACGCUCUAUCUUGUCUUACCCGAAAGAAUGGAUUAAUUAAGAAUUUAUUCCCUCCCCCUAAUCGAGGUCAAGAAAUACAAUAAAACACAGCAUCUGAUGUGUUGUAUCAUUGUAG